UCUAAUCUCCGAGGAACGGUAGCUACAAAAGAAGGGUAGUUUCCAACGACUAUCCAGACUCUUCCCAAACAUGUGAAAAACCAAAACCAUUACAAAAGACCUCAUGUCUAGUCCUAAAACGAAUACAGAGCAGAGCACAAAUGAGACCAGGAGAUCCUGGCUAUCCGCCUCCCGGCUCACCCGCCCCGGGAGUGCCAGCCGGUCCACCCGGCCCCGGUUUCGGCCCUCCGCCGCCGGGUUUCGGCCCUCCUCCUCCCCCUCCUCCUGCCCCCUAUUGGCCUCCCCCUCCUCCUGCUCCGUAUUGGCCUCCUCCUCCUCCUCCUGCCCCUGCCCCCCCUCCUCCUGCCCCGUAUUGGCCUCCUUCAGGUCCGGCGGCGCCGCUAUUAGAACCUCCUCCCGCCCCUGCCGCGCAGCCGUAUUCCGGUGGUUUUUGUGACUGUAUCACACAAUGCUUAACGGUUUUAUGCUGCUGCUGGAUUCUGGAGUUGAUCUGCGGGGACUGCUUCGGCGGCGGGCCGCCGCCGCCUCCUCCUCUUCCGGGACCUGGCUGGCCGCCUGGACCGCCUGGACCGCCCGGACCUCCCUUCUAAUCUAUUAACAAUUGCGAUACAGUUUUUUAUACUCUGUUUUGGGGCGAGCGACUUCACGACCUUCAUAGCCGGUACUGAUAUUGAUAUUGCCGGUUUUAGUUUUUCCAGUUAACAGAUUAACAUGGUGCCUGUCAAAUGGUCUUAAGGGAGUUUAUACCAUGGGAAAUAAUUUGUAUAGGUAUGGUUUACAUGGUCAUCCAGAUAAUUAAUAGGUAAUAGGUUAUUGGAGGGUUUCUCAAUUCUUUAGACAUCAAGGUUACCCUUACCUUAAGAGGUUCCCUUUUAAAUCUCAUGCUUCCAAGCUGCACAUUUGAGAUCAAUUUAUAAAUUGUUAAAAUGAAUUUUAUUAACUAUUAUAAAUAUAUAUUUUGGAGAAAAUUGUGUA